AUGCAUGUGAAGUAUUUACCAAUGAGAUGGAAAACAGGAGAUAAUUACUGUUAUGUUCUGUCCGAUGAUGCGACUAAGAAGUCAUGGCUAAUUGACCCAGCGUACCCUUCGGAUAUCCUGCCUUAUUUGAAGACCGAAAAUAAGACCGAGGUGGAGGCAAUUGUCAACACUCAUCAUCACUAUGAUCAUUCAGGAGGCAAUGCAGAUCUUCUGAAACUUUACAAGAAUAUUCCAGUCAUUGCAGGAAAGGAUUCUCCGAAUGUGACGCACACUCCGAAGCAUGGGGAAGUUUUGAAGCUUGGUGACAACGUUCAAAUCACAGCAAUUCACACCCCUUGCCACACACAGGACUCAAUUUGUUAUUUCGCCCAGGAUACCAAGACCGGCGAGAAAGCCGUGUUCACUGGUGAUACAUUAUUUAUUUCAGGUUGCGGACGCUUCUUCGAGGGAAACGGAGCAGAGAUGCAGGCUGCAUUGCAGAGACUUAUGGAUCUUCCUGAUAGCACUAAGGUGUAUCCGGGACAUGAGUAUACUCUUUCAAACGUCAAGUUUUCUAAAACGGUGUUGGGUCCAAACAACAAGGCACUCAAAGAGCUCGAAGAUUAUUGUCUGAAGCACGAGGUGGUGACAGGAGCCUUCACCGUUGCUGACGAAAAGUUAUUCAAUCCAUUUGUAAGAUUGACAGAUCCCGAAGUGAUCAAGUCCACAAAGGAGUCCGAUCCAGUUUCUGUCAUGGACAAGUUGCGCCAAAUGAAGAACAACUUUUAG